AUGGUCAUUCUCUGGAGAACAUUGAAGUGUCUCCUUCUAUCAGUGCUGUUUUGGUUCCUUCCGUCAACUGGGGAAGAGAACCCUUUAAAACCAGUGGCUUUGGCGUCCUUUCCUGGCAGUGGAAACACAUGGUUGAGAUACUUACUUCAGCAAGUCACUGGAAUCCUCACUGGAAGUGUUUACAGCGACUAUGACUUGAUGAUGACGUCUUUUCCCGCAGAAGGAGUGCAUAAUUCAUCAGUUCUUGUUGUGAAGACUCAUGAGCACGGUCCGUUGGUCUGGGGUCAAUUCAGACGAGCAGUUCUUCUUGUUCGUGAUCCUCAGGGAGCAAUUUUGGCGGAAUUCAACAGGCAAAAUGCUGGACACCUUGGAAUAGCUUCCGAAGAUCUGUUCUAUGAGAAAUCUUGGGAGGAAUUUGUGCGAAACAAGUUGAUUUCCUGGACAGAUUUCCAUUUAGAUUGGACGAGAAAUUUCCUACAACCAAUUGAGAUUGUCUUCUAUGAAGAUCUUGUUUCUGAUCUUCGAGGAUCGUUAGUAAGAAUUCUAAGGUUUUUGCAAUGGCCAGUGGAUGAUAAGAAUCUAGAUUGUGCUAUAAAGCGUCGUAGAGGGAAUUACAAAAGGCGACAACUUCCUUUUGAUCCCUUUACUAAAAGUAUGAAAGACAGGAUUGAUGAGACACGCAAUAAUACUUUCAAGGAACUGAAGCGAAUGGAAAGAGUGAGAAAAAUUUAUUUCACACUCUUCAGAUUUCUGUAAAAACGCUGCCACUCGAUGGUCUGUAAGUGAAGUCAGUUUUGCAGGAUUGAUCAGGAUCAAAGGCGUGAAUAUCUUCAUCUGGAAUGUUGACUUCGUA